CCUGGUGCUAAGGUUAGCUCGGUGCGUUAGCAGCGAGCAGCGGACAUGUUGCGGCCAGCCUCGCUGGACUAGACGCCGGCAGAAGGUGCUAAGGGGACGUCGCGGGGUGUCGCACCACCAUGGAUGCCGUCAACGCCUUCAACCAGGAGUUAUUCUCCUUGAUGGACUCCAAGCCACCGAUAUCUCGGGCCAAGAUGAUCUCCAUCACCAAGUCGGCCAUCAAGGCAUUGAAACUUUACAAACACGUGGUCCAGAUUGUGGAGAAGUUCAUCAAAAAGUGCAAGCCGGAGUACAAGGUCGCGGGCCUGUAUGUGGUGGAUUCUAUUGUCCGCCAGUCCCGGCACCAGUUUGGAGCGGACAAGGAUGUGUUUGGACCGAGGUUCACCAAGAACAUCACAGGAACCUUCGAGAACCUCUGCCUUUGCCCGCUAGAGGACAGGAGUAAGCUCGUGCGAGUGUUGAACCUGUGGCAGAAGAACACCGUCUUCAAGAGCGAGGUCAUUCAGCCCCUUCUGGACAUGGCCGCCAGCGGGGGCGCGGCGCCCUACGCGGGCUCCGACGAGCCAGGUACACCUCCGUCUCCAGCCAAAGAAGCCGUCACCACGGUGACGACGGCCAACCCCGCCGCCGCGCCUGCGGGUCAGCUGCAGAAAGAGGACAACCCCUUUGCCGCCGUGGCGGUGCUCUUCCAGACCACACAGGGUCAGCAGCCUCGUGAUUCCUCAACGGUCUCUGCUCCCCCUCCCGCUGCUCAGCUUCAGCAGAUGCUCCAGAACUUCCAGCAGCAGCCGGCGAAAGCGGAGCCGCCCCCUCAGCCUCCCGCCCCUCAGACGGACGUCCAACACGCCGCCCGCGUCUUCAGCCCCGAGCCCCCGCGCCCCGCCCCGCCCUCCCAUCAGAAGACGGCGUUUGAUCGGACGCUGCUGGAUCGUUUCGACUACGACGACGAGCCAGAAGCCGGAGAGGACAAGGAUGACUCCUCGCAUCCUUCCUUCAUGCAGCAGCCUCAUUCCUUCCCACCGUCCAUGAUGAACAUGUCUCAGGACCCCUCGCAGCAGGGCGCUCUCCCGCCUAACGGCCAGCUCCCAGCCUUCGGCAUGCUGCCAGGACAAGGCUUCCCAGUUAUGGGACACCUUCCACCAGGCCAGCAGCCUCCAGGCUUCCCAGGGGGUUACUUUCCCUCUGGAUCAGCGCAGCAGGACUCGUCAGCCGACGCAGGUUCAUCUAUGAGGGAUGGCAGACAUGGUCAAAGGUCACGUUCAGGCUCCAGGUCUCCCAAGCGGAGGAGGUCGCGCUCCAACUCCCGCACACGCCGAUCCAGACACAGGCGCUCGCGCUCCAGGGACCGCCGCCAGCAGUCCCCGCGAUCCCGCUCGCAGGAGCGCAAGGAGAGGGAGCGGGAGCGCGAGCGUCGCCAAAAGGGUCUACCGCCGUCCAAGAACGAGACGCUGAGCAUCUGCAGUACGACUCUGUGGGUGGGCCAGCUGGACAAGAGGACUCAGCAGCAGGACGUGGCGUGUCUGCUGGAGGAGUUUGGACCCAUUGACUCCAUCAAUAUGAUCCCUCCACGCGGCUGCGCCUACAUCGUCAUGAUACACCGGCAUGACGCCUUCAGGGCCCUGCAGAAGCUCAGUCGAGGGCCCUACAAAGUCAACCAAAAAGCCAUCAAGAUUGCGUGGGCUCUGAACAAGGGCAUCAAGGCUGACUUGAAACAGUACUGGAACGUGGAGCUGGGGGUCACCUACGUGCCCUGGUCCAAGGUGAAGGAGGACCAACUGGAGGAGCUGAAGGAAGGAGGCGUCCUGGAUGGAGACACUUUAUCACCAGAGUGGAGCACAGCACGGAAGGCCCUCAUGAACCCCGAGGAGCUCAACCACAACGGCGGGGCGGAGUCACAGCAGCACGAGGAGGCGCACCUGUUAGCCGCAGCUACUCCUGCACAGCUUCCUCCAAUGCAGCAGCCAAUGAUGGGCAUGGGACCUGUGCCGCCCCCUGGCUUCCCCGCCCCCAUCGGGAUACCACCUCCCUCCUUCCCCCCGGGCAUGCCCCCGCCGCCUUUCAUCCGCCCUGGCUUCAACCCCAUGCAGAUGCCUCCAGGUUUCCCCCCACCCAGGACCAUGCCUCUCGGACCGCCGCCUCCUGCCAAAGGUGAAGACAUGCCUCUGGGCCCUGCAGGUCUGGUCACCAGGAAACACGAGGAGGUCUCGGACGCUCCCAACUUCUUCAAUAACCAGAUGGGAGCCAUGUGUAACCAGGUCGGCGGCCCUCCAGGAAGCAUCCAGCCUCCUACCGGGGGUCUGCUGGGGGCACGGCCCAGUUUAAUCCCAAUGCAGCGGCCCCCGGGUCCUCCGCUGCUGCACGGUCAGCGUUUCCCUCCUCCCCGGGGGCCACACUCCCCCGCCAUGCCCCCCGUCCCACAGCAGAUUAUGCACAGGGGGCCUCACGCGCCGAUGAUGCGCCACGACGCCCCUCCGCCCAAAGGGGGCUUUGGGAUGCCCCCUUCGCACAGCAUCAGACCUCCCUUCCCUCCACAUGGGCCGCCCCCUCACGGGCCCCCUCCUCCCUUUGUCAGACCGGGGGUUCCCCGUUCGGGCGACGGGCCUGAGGAAAGGAGCGGCCGCCCUCUCAGGGGUGAGUGGACGGGAUUCAGGGACCAGGAGCCUGAUCGGGAGCGGGAGCGGGACCGGGAGAGAGAUCGAGGGUUCGGCGGCGCCAGGCGUCCGUUUGGCGACAGAGCGAGGGGCGGCGACAGAAUGGACGCGAGGGACAGACUCGGCGGCUGGCAGGAAGACGGCGAUCAGCGCGGCGGCGAUCAGCGCGGCGGCGAUCAGCGCGGCGGCGGAGGCGGCGGCGGCUGGGAGAGGGAUAGAGACCGACGAGACUGGAGGGAUCGGCGAAGCAGCCUGGAUCGAGACUGGGAGCGAGGGAGGGGCGGCGACGGGGAGCGGGAGAACGGGAGGGGCGAAGGCAGCGACAGAGGAAGGGCGGACGGAGCAAGUCGGGAGAGCGCAAGAGGAGCCGACGGCAAAGAAGGGGGGCGGCCCAGACGCCGCGAGAGGACCACGCGGUGGGACCGGGACGACCGGCUGGCCGAGCUGGAGAACAUGGACAAGUUUCGCAGCCCUAAGGCUCCGCAGCCGGCAACUCUGCAGCCAUCAGCUCCACAGCCAGCGGCUCCGCAGCCAGCGGCUCCGCAGCCAUCAGCUCCGCAGCCGGCAACUCUGCAGCCAUCAGCUCCACAGCCGCCGGCUCCACAGCCGCCGGCUCCGCAGCCGCCGGCUCCGCAGCCAUCGGCUCCACAGCCGGCGGCUCCGCAGUCGUCGGCUCCGCAGUCGUCGGCUCCGCAGUCGUCGGCUCCGCAGUCGUCGGCUCCGCAGCCGGCGGCUCCGCAGCCGGCGGCUCCGCAGUCGUCGGCUCCGCAGUCGUCGGCUCCGCAGUCGUCGGCUCCGCAGCCAGCGGCUCCGCAGCUGCCGGCUCCACAGCCGGCGGCUUCCACGGAAACAUGUAAAGGACCUGUUUUGGAAGCCCCUCAAAAAACUACUGAAUCUGCACCCUCAGCCGCUGAGCCGCCGUCUUCCGAGGCUCAGACCGAUUCCGUGGAGGCCAAACCGGAGGCGGCCUCAUAG